AUGUUGACCGACAUGACACCGGCUGCGGCUGGCCAGCUUUACCCGCAGUUACAGUCGAUCGCCAAGUCACCGGUACACGGACAUGUGGUGAGUCCCCUCCCCGAUCAUCAAUUUCGUUGUGCUUUCUUGUGUGUAUAAGUAACUGUAUAAUUGCUCGAAGUUGCUUCGAAUAUUGUAAUUGCGGACUGUCGAUUAAAAGUAAGAGAGCCAGGCAGGUUAGGAUCGAGGAAUUGAAUACCAGUGAUUUGCCUGAUACAGUGGUCUUUAAAGCCUUCAUUUUGGACGAUCAUCCAGUCUCUUGAUUAAACGUGAACACACGAAUCUAAGAUUAGUUCCGAGAUUCUUCAAACGCUAUUGCUAUUGGUAACGAUCGGAGCAUUCGCACUCUUGAUCGAAGUACUACGAUUGGAAAUUAGAUGAUUCGCCGGAGAUUAAUUUGUUAAAUUCACCGUCGAUCAUAAAAAAUUAUCCGAAAUUCGUCGAGUGUGUUGUAAUCGGUAACCAGUCACAGGUACGAUUGGUAUAUUUAGAUCAGUACGAUUAAAAGUAAAGAUACAAGGUCGGGAAGAGUCGAACGAUCCUCGAGGUUUUCGUUCAUUCACAGUGGCUUCGUAUAGUCCAGGCCCAGCCGUCAGAGGCAAGGGUAGCUGUCAACCUCUGAUCUCCCUAAGGCAAGGUCAAUUACUCAGCCUCCUUCCCAGAUAG